GGGACUUUCGCGCGCAGGCGCAGCUCGCCUGCUGGGCACAACCUCGCCUGUCCUUUGCUUGGGGAGCAGAGCGCCUGUGGAGCGUGAGCCGCGCGGGACGAUGGGGCACGGCUCGAAUUGUUCUGUGAGGGCUGAAUGGAUUGCUGCAGUCACAUUUGCUGCAGGAACAGCAGCUGUUGGGUAUCUUGCUUACAAAAAAUUUUUUAGUAAGCGCAAAGGCUGUCAUGGAAUGGUGAACCUCCAUAUUCAGAAAGAUAACCCAAAGGUAGUUCAUGCAUUUGAUAUGGAAGAUUUGGGAGAGAAAGCAGUAUACUGCCGGUGUUGGAGGUCCAAAACGUUCCCCUUAUGUGAUGGGUCUCAUACAAAACAUAACGAUGAAACAGGGGACAACGUGGGACCGCUAAUCAUCAAGAGAAAAGAUGAGUGAACAGCAAAUGGUUGGGAGUCCAUCAAAACGAUCUUGUCACAGUGUUUUCUGCUCACUGGUGAUUGGUGUGAAAAAGAUCUUAAUUUCACUGAAGAUGUUUAGAUGUCGUAUACAAUACACUGCAGCACAUGUAAUUCAUGUUGCUUGCUUAAAACACUACAGUGUAUAUGUUAGAAAAAAUACCUGUGGCUUGCUGAUUUUUUUUGUCUUGUUAAAUGCACAUUCUCAUUAAGUGUAAAAAUAAAACCCUUUAGAAUGUACUUGAAACAAAGGAGAUGAUACAUUAAAUUAUUUUCAAAUACA